CUCCAUAUAUAUAUCCCCCAUACAACCUUUCCCUCUCUCAUCCACACUUCAAAACUAUCCAUCUCAUCUCAUCUCAGCUUACCACAAAGAUCAACUCUGGGUCUUUAGAUUCGAUCUGUUAAGAAGUUGAAUCGAUCUGUUUUCUGUACUGACUUUGGAACCCAUCAAGCUUUUCAUGAUGGGUAAAUUUUUGGGUCUUCUUUUUUGCGUUUUGAUAUCGAAUUUGGGCCUAUCUUAUGCUCAAAAUUGCAGCAAUUAUGCCUUUUCUAACAACGCAAUCUUCGCCACAUGCGUCUCUUUACCUGUUUUGAACGGGCAUCUCCACUGGAACUACCAUUCCAACAGCACCGUCGAUGUGGCUUUCCGGCACACUGGAUCGGAAGCUUCUCAAUGGGUUGCUUGGGCUCUCAACGUUAACGGGUCGGGUAUGAUUGGGGCUCAAGCUCUUGUGGCUGUAACCAGCUCARACGGGUCGGUUCGAGCUUAUACUUCAUCAGUAACCAGCUAUGCAACCGGUCUGCAACCCAGCAACUUGAGUUUUCCAGUGCCCAGGAUAAGGGCGGAAAGGGUGGAUGGCGAUGUGGUCAUUUUUGCGACGUUGGUUUUGCCAGGUGGAGGGACGAGAUUUAAUCAGGUAUGGCAGGUGGGUCCUGUUACUAGUGGAGCUCCGGCUAGACAUGCACUGGUUGCUGAUAAUCGGGCUUCUGUCGGAACAGUGGAUUUUUCAACCAGUAAUGGUACUGGGUCGCCGCCGCCGACGCCGACACCGACUCCGACAACGCCAACGACGCCAACGACGCCGACGACGAGAAAUGAUUGCAUCAAUUUUGCCUUCUCCAACAACUCCAACUACGCCACAUGCGUCUCUUUACCUGUUUUGAACUCGCAUCUCCACUGGAACUUCAACACCAACCGCACCGUCGACGUGGCUUUCCGGCACGCUGGAUCAGAAACAUCCCAAUGGGUUGCUUGGGCACUCAAUCUUCAAGGGUCGGGUAUGCUUGGGGCCCAAGCUCUUGUGGCUGUAACCAGCUCAAACGGGUCGGUUCGAGCUUAUACUUCAUCAGUAACCAGCUAUCAAACCAGUCUGCAGCCCAGCAGUUUGAGUUUUGAAGUGCCCAUGAUAAGGGCGGAGAGGGCCGAUGGCGAUGUGGUGAUUUAUGCGACGUUGGUGUUGCCUAAUGACGGGACGACAUUUAAUCAGGUAUGGCAGGUGGGUCCUGCUACUGACGGAGUUCCGUCUGUUCACUCACUGGUGGGUGAUAAUCGGCGUUCUGUCGGAACGGUGAAUUUUGCAACCGGUCAGGCCGGCGGCGGCGGUAAUGUUGGUGGGUCGCGGCAGCGGCGGAGAAACACUCACGGAGUGUUGAAUGCGGUUAGUUGGGGAGUAUUGAUGCCCAUGGGAGCCAUGGCAGCAAGAUAUUUGAAGGUGUUUAAUGUAGCUAAUCCAGCCUGGUUUUACAUCCAUGCUGCUUGCCAAACUUCAGCCUAUAUCGUGGGUGUCGCCGGAUGGGCCACCGGACUCAAACUUGGAGGUGACUCUACUGGAAUCCGAUACGAUAAGCACCGGAAUAUCGGAAUCACCCUCUUUGCAAUUGGAACACUUCAGGUUUUUGCGCUGCUUUUGAGGCCUAAACCAGAGCACAAAUACAGAAUUUACUGGACCAUCUACCACCAGAGCCUUGGAUACUCGGUGAUCGUUCUGAGCAUCAUCAAUGUGUAUGAAGGGCUCGAUAUCUUGGACCCCGAGAAGAAGUGGAAGAACGCGUACACGGGAAUACUUAUCUCUUUGGGGGUAAUGACAGUUGUGUUGGAAGCUUUAACAUGGUACAUCGUUUUGAAGAGGAAGAAGGAAGACAAAAGAACACAUGCAGGAGCCAAUGGUUCGUCAUAUGCUGCCAAUGGACACGGGCAGUCGGCAUAGAUGAUUGGUUUUACGGGUCGAUUUGUUGUUUUACUUUCUGGGUGUUGAGAGCUAUAUUCUUUGUCGAGAUAUAUAUAUAUAUAUAUAUGGAUAUAUGUAUGUAGGUAUACAAUUUUCAUGCUUAUUUUGAGCUUUUCCGAUUCUUAGUUGAUGCUUUUGAGUCUCUUGAUCUA